GGAGAGACACAGACACGACUUGGGUUUGCGGAAUCUGGUCCGGGUGGAUUAUGAACGCUUUUGGCCACCAGCCAUCUAACCAGCAGACCAGUCCUAUUCAGCAUCACAGCGCUCAGGAGCUCCUGGACAUGGCCGUGUACUGCGACAAUUACGGUGUUUACCAACAGAAUCUCCACCACCAUCACCCCCAGAGGCCGCCGACUCACUCCUCAAGUUACGGCCUCGGAGAAUACUCUUCACCGCCCUCAAACCCUUACCUGUGGCUGAAUGGACCGGGGAUCAAUUCGUCUCCGUACCUGCCCGGAAACAACAGCACGUCCUACAUUCAGUCUGGGUACGGCUCCAACCAGAGGCAGUUCUUGCCUCCUCCGACUGGGUUCGGUGGAGCAGACCUGGGGUGGCUGUCCAUAUCCAGCCAACAGGAGCUCUUCAAGAUGGUCAGACCGCCUUAUUCCUACUCUGCUCUCAUAGCCAUGGCCAUCCAGAACGCGCAAGACAAAAAGCUGACUCUCAGUCAGAUCUACCAGUACGUGGCAGACAACUUUCCCUUUUACAAGAAGAGCAAAGCUGGAUGGCAGAAUUCCAUUCGACACAACUUGUCACUGAACGACUGCUUCAAGAAGGUGGCGCGUGAUGAGGAUGACCCCGGUAAGGGGAACUACUGGACGCUGGACCCCAACUGCGAGAAGAUGUUCGACAACGGGAACUUCAGGCGAAAGAGGAAGAGGAGAGCGGAUCUAAACGGGGCCGACAGUGGCGGCGUCCCGGUCAAGUCGGAGGAAACCUCGCACAAGCUCUCAACCGACACCGCCAGCCUGCUCAGCUCCUCCCCGCCCAGCAUCCACGGCUCCCCGGCCUCCACGGAGCCCAAGUCGUCCCCGUCCCCCUCCGCGGAGCACAGCCCCUGCUUCAACAGCUUCGUGUCCAGCGUCAACGCGCUGCUGGCCGGCGACGGCCCCCGGGGGGGCGCGGACCGGGACUACGGCUCCGGACACCUCGGCGGUGCGCCACAGACCAGGGAGGGCAUGUCCGGACCGGGCUCGUACUCACAGCCCACAGUAAUCUCCCCUCUGAACUCUGACAACAGCAGAAUGAACUACUACACAUCCGUGCAAAACCUCUCCAACCACUUUAGUGUGAACAACCUUAUUUACACCCGGGAGGGGACAGAGGUGUAGACUGGCUCUAAGUUUCUAUUGUACUCAUACUCCACUGGAAUGAAAUUGUUCUCCAAAAAAAAAAAGAGUUUUCCAAACUAAGAAAAAGAAAAAACACCUCCAUCAGUGAGCCCCACUUUACAGCAACAUGUUUAUGAUUUGACUCAUGAGUCACACUUCGUCUGUUGGAAGCCUCUUUGGUAUAUAUUUGACUUGUUUUUGUAAUAUCUUAUUGUAGCUGCCUGGUUGGAGUAAGUUUGUCUGAAAAAAAAUGAAGACAUUUUUGUACAGAAAUUAUUUUCGUAAGGGGAAAACCUGGCAUUUAAUGUUUGACAGAA